AUGUUGGUUCAGUCUCAUGCUCAUUAUCCGAGGCAGAAAGCUGGGUUAGUUCAAGGGUCCCAAUUCCAUCCUGGUAAUUCUCCAGGGCAGUCUUUGCAGGGGAUACAAGCAAUGGGAGUGAUCCCAUCACUAAAUAUGGGUUCACAACUAAGACCUAAUGGAGCACUCACAUAUGCUCAACAGCGAAUAAAUGCAGGGUCAAUGAGGCAGCAACUGGUGCAACAAAAUCCGCUCACCUCUCAGGUUCAAAGCAUACAAAGGACACCAUCACUGGCAUAUAUGAACCCUCAGAUGUCAGGGCUGGCUCAGAGUCCACAGCCAAAUAUGAUGCAGAGCUCUCUGUCACAGCAACAGUGGUUGAAGCAAAUGCCAACAAUGUCUGGUCCUGCCUCGCCUUCGUUCCGUAUUCAACAUCGGCAGUCACAGGUUCUCAUGCAGCAGCAAUUGGCUUCAUCUGGUCAACUGCACCAGAAUUCGAUGGCACUGAACUCACAACAGUUAUCCCAGCUGGUACAGCAGCAGCCCCAAAUGGGACACCAACAACUACAUCAGCAGCAGCAGCAGCAGCAGCAACAGCAACUACUACAGCAACAGCAGCAACAACAACAGCAAUCUCCGAGGAUGCCAGGACCUACAGGCCAGAAAUCUCUUAGUUUGACAGGAUCACAGCCAGAUGCAACUGCAUCUGGUACAACUACACCUGGGGGAAGUUCAAGCCAAGGAACAGAAGCAACCAAUCAACUUCUUGGGAAGAGAAAGAUACAGGACUUGGUUUCACAGGUGGAUUCACAUGGAAAGCUAGAUCCUGAAGUUGAAGAGCUUUUUCUGGAAAUUGCUGAUGACUUUAUUGAUUCUGUGACCACAUUUGCUUGCAGUUUGGCUAAGCAUCGGAAAUCUUCAACUUUAGAGUCCAAGGAUAUAUUGCUUCACUUAGAGAAAAAUUGGCAUUUGACAAUUCCUGGAUUUUCAACAGAAGAGCGGAAGCACCAAAAAAAUCCUUUGCCCAGUGAUCUUCACAAGAAGCGUCUUGAUAUGAUUCAUGCAUUGAUGGAGUCCUCUCAGUCUGUAGAAAAUAAUAUCAAUCCUAAAGAGAUGAUAAGACAAGGCCUUGGCAAUCCAGUUGUUACUAAUCAUUUGAUAAGAUCUUCACCAAGUUCAGAGCAGUUGGUUUCACAAUCAACUGGUUCUCCAAUGGUGCAGCAGAUUACACGGUUUUAA